AUGCUUAAUCGUAAAGGAAGCGAUAAGCAUUCUUUGACCUACGUGUCUCCUUAUUCCAAACCCGAUCCUAAUAAAAAGAACGUUUUAUCUAUUCUUAAACCGAGUUUGAAUGGGGUGUUAUCAGAAGAUUUAAAUUUCCAAAAUAAUUUUACAGUACCAGUUCUAAGAGAUGUUGAUGUAUCACUGUCGAUACUGCGAAAUGACUCAAGAUUAUUAAGUUCCAAGGUCACUAGAUAUAGGUUGAAGGACCAGAAUAAUGCAACUGAUUCUAAUGUCACUGCUGAAACUGCUGACUUCGAUAUUGAAGGAAGCAAUUUGAAAAAGUUUGUCGAUGUUGACUCUUUUGUACCUAAGAAUUUUAGAGAACAACUAACCACAGUGAUAAUUAAAGGGUUUCCAAAUAUUAAGAAAGGUCACAUUGAGCAAGUUUUACUGAUUUUGGCUCCAUCUGAAAAUUUUGAAUGGUCCAUCGUUGAUUCGGAGUUAGUUGAUCAUAAGAUGGUAUUUUUAAGAUUCGAGUCGAUUGAACUGCUAAGGUCUUUUCAAGCAAACUACUCAACCGAUAUUAAGGAUAUACUUCGAUCGACUGAGGCUGCUAUAGUUGUGGACCCUUCGGUAUAUUCUUAUAUGGAUUCAAUUGAUGGUGAUGUACAAGUUGAUAGUGACUUGCGUAUACGGGCAAAAGAUAAGAUUCACUUUUAUCUAGAUAAUCUCAAAUCUCAUGAAAAGCACCUUACUAGCGCUGGCACUGAAGAUUUAGACGAGGUAUUAAACUAUUAUUCUAACUAUAAGAUUGAUGAUAACGAAUUGAUAGACGUUCCAAGUUACAUGAAGGAUGUUAUUAUUAAAGAUAUUAUUCGGUUCAGAUCCAAAGUCUUGACUAUAGAAAUAAAUAACCGAAAAAAGGAACUUGAGUCGGAAAGAAUUAAAACGAGGCAGAAACUUAAAAGCAUCUUCGAAGGUAUACGAGAAGUGGGAGAUGAGAUUAUCAGCGAGCCAGAGUUAUCAUCUGAAAGAGAGCCAAUGGAAGUUGAUGAGUUUGAGGAUCUUAGUGAAGAACAAUACCAGAACUAUUUGGCUGAAAGACAAGUGGACGACGUAAAUCGAAGAUAUGAUGAAAGACUACGAGCUCUUCAAAAGAAGGAGACGGAAAAACAGCGUCUUUUCGAGCAGUUGAAAUCUCUUGAAGGGUAUGAGGACUAUGUGGUCGACAACAAAUUCAAAUUCAUUCAAGAUUUAAAAAAUUUUGACGAGUUCAGUGAUAUUUAUUAUACAAAUCAUUCAGCGUAUCUAAAGAUAAGGAAUGUGCAACGUGUGAAAGAAGAACAGAAAGAUCUUCAAGAUAGAAAGGAUGAGGAGAAGGAAAUACAAGAAGAGCAGCAUCAGCACACAACUUAUAAGUUAGAGGUGGAACCUCUUUCUAAAAUAAAAGGAUUUAAGAAUAAUGAUGGAACGGUUAUACUGCAACUUUCGGAAACUCGCUUACGCAAGCUUAGAGACAAAAUAACUGACUUGAUAGACGAGUAUUUAGGGAUUAAAGAUGAAUUUUUGAUACUGUUGAUAUAUGACUCCUUAAUGAAAACCAACCUCGAUGGCAAAGAAAGUUUGGUUGAAGAGCUCAGUCAACCACUAGACGAGGAUGCGAAUACGCUAGUGAACGACUUAUGGGAAUUUAUCAAUAAACUUCUAGAGGAGUAA